CGUUUCCUCGCUGGGCGGGCGAGGCAAGAUGGCGUACGUGCUACCCAAAAAGGCUGGUGUGUUGCUCAGCCAGGUGAAGAGCAUCGUGGUCCGCUUCUGCCCCUUCCAGGCUAACGUGGAAAGCACCAGAAACUUCCUUGCAUGUUUACACACGAAGAAAGCCUAUGCAUCCAACACCAACUGUGAUUUGAAAACAGAAGUGAAACACGAUGGAUCAGAACCAGUAAUAAAUGUUCAAUUUGUUGAUGGUGACCGACUGAUUAUGAAAGGUGCCAAUUUGACAGUUAGAGACAUGUUGAAGGCAUUCAACUCUAGGUGUGCAGCCAAGGAACUGAAGGCACAAGAGGCAGCUCCGAAAAAAAGUCCCUGAAAGUCAUCAGUAUUUAAAGCCAGCAUUUAAUAUGAAUAUGCAAAAAUCAGCCAGUGACUUUUCAUUCAGAAUAAUGGAGACUUUACUGGUAAAUGAAUGAAAUGUGACAUGGAUAGGGACGGAAUGCAGAUCAACUCUGACCAACGACUGGAAGAGUUCAUUGAACUUUUGGUUAAAGAUAAAUUCUAGACACUCAAAUGAACACAUCCAGUAUUGGUUCCCAAGUUAUAUCUAGUAAGUAUGCAGCCCUUUGCAUGAAUCAGCGGUUACAUGCUGUUAUUGUAAGCAACAGAUCUUAAUAAUUAAGAAGGAUUUAUUGGUCUAGGCUCUGAAACAAAGUAUGUGAAAUCCAUAACAUUCUGUGCAAGUCAUAUGCAAACAGUGCUUUUGUAUGCAGAGUUAAUACCUUUCUAAUUCAAUUGAAGUCAGUGGUCUUAAAGGUGUGUAACUCUACUUAGAAUGGCACUGUAGACUUUUGAAUUGUUUAUGCAUUAGGUUGUCAAAAAAUUCUUUGGCUGCAAUCUGCAAAACCGCUGGCCCUGAUUUUAUGCCAUCUGUUUGGAACAAAUGAUUUAAGAAUUACAGUCAUAGCUGGUGGAAGAUGACACACUGAUUCAAUAUACUGUAUUUUGGUAUUCUGUUAAAAGUAGUUGGCACUCUUCCCCACUUGUCACUAAGAAAAUGAAAACGAAAACCCCACAAUACUGAGAAUGGUAGUUGUGUUCACUGUGUUCCCAUCAGGACAAAAAAAAAAGGUAAUAUUUGUAGAAGGGGUGAUUUUAGGUAACGUGAUGUAGAUUGGUUGUUUUUGUACUUUUAACAAAAUUAAAUCUGAAAGCGUGCACCUCCUGAAACAUUUCUUGGAACUGCUUCUUUGGACUUGUUAGUUUGAAAACUGAGGACAUGAUUUUGCAAUUUCAGAAAUGUCUCAAACUGAAAAGAAUUGCAUCACGUAGAGAUAUUUUUUGUUUGUCUCAGUGGAAGUUGUAGUCCUAUGGUCUAUUACAUGUGCUCUUUAAAUGGACUACAGUAUUAGUUUGCAAAAACGUGCGCCAAAUUAAAGACUGGCAUUAUUAUAUAGCUCAGCAGUGGUGCAUUCAGGGAUAUGGAAGAAAAUUGCAUGGGAAUUUACUAAGGGAGGUUCAUUAAUUUCUUCCUGCUGUGUGUGUGUUUGACAGUUUGCCCUUCUGCGUUUGGGUGGAAUAAAAAAUCUACUUUUCUGCUUCUCCUCACUCAUAUUUAGGGGAAAGGGUGUACACACUAUAUCAACAGAAUGUUUUA